GUAGUUAGGAUAAAGAAAAGCUCCCUUCCUGGUAGUGAGAAUGUGAUCUAUCCUGGAGCUAGGAGCACUGACUACUGUAACUGCAAUACGACUAUACUGAAACCUUACAUAAUAACAAUAGCUAUUACUCAUUAGCAAUUUAGUAUAUGCCUGGCACUGUUCUAAAACCUUUACACGUGUUAAUUAACUCUUUGGUCCUCACAACCACGCCAUGAAAUGGGUUAUUACGCGUAACUCCAUUUACGCAAAAAGACCCAGAGAAAUUAAAUAACUUAAGUACACAUAAAUAAAUGCAAAGCAUUUUCCCUUUGUUAUUAUUUUAAUUAGGAGGUGGUCUUUUUCCCAUUCUCUCAAGUCUACCAUACCUGGUCAUACUAGUAUCUUUUUCAAGGCAUGAACCACGGUUAAGAAUUGCAGUCACUUCAUGUAACUUUCACCUAAAGUGAUUUCAAGUUACUGUCUCAAUCUUCUUGAAAUUUCCCUUCUCCGCUUUCUGACCUUCUGUAAAACUGUCAACGCAUCACACUCUGUCCUUCUCCUCAUCGCUCCUACUAAGUUGUUCCACUGAAGAUCACAACAAUCUUAUCAUCCAGUGAAACAACACCUUUCAUCCUACUUGACCCUACAACCCGUCUGAUGAUCGGCACUGCUGAGAUCCUAUACCUCUCACUCAGUGUCUCCAUCUCUCAGUUUUUUUCACUUCCACCUAACGCUUAAAAAGGGGAAAGGAGUGUAUAAUUGCAUACCUAAUAUAAAUCAGUUGACUUAAGCAUAUAACUAUUUAACUAAAAAGGGUUCUUCAAGCUUCUGUACUCUACUGGCAGUACAUUCUCUUAAGAAACCUCACCCUUGCAACCACUACACAGACAAUUCCUAAAUUUUCAUCUAUAGCCUUGAACAACUGCAACUGCCUGUAAGUCGGAACAAUGUGUAUGUCCCAUUUCUAACUAAAAAUGGCCUAAAACUAAUUCAUUACAUCUCCGCUACCCUCCCCCUACAACACACACACACACACACGCACACACGCACAUGUGCACGCUUCUUUGUUCCAUGUUUCUAGUUUACAGCAUGACUGGUUAUCCUCUAGGCAAGCCUGGCUUAUACAUAGUCUAGUUCAAUUUAUUUCCUUUUUCCUCACAUCUUACAUCCAUUUGGUAGCACUAUCCUACUUAUUCUAACAUCACUGUCUCUCAAAUCCAUCUCCUCCUUUCAAUUAGCACUGCAGAUAUAUUUAAAUGGAGCCCAAAUUCUAACUCAGUCCCAACUGCAAUAAACUCAUUAGUACAACUCUUCUUGUCUCAAAUCCAUUUUCAAUACUGACAUCAGAGCUACUCUGCCAAAACGUGUAACUCAUCAGGUCAUUUCACUGGUGUGAGGUCUCCAGUGCCUCUCAGAAACCUGGAGAAAAGACGGCCAACUGCCAAUGCCUAGCUGUCUAGACACAAUUCAGUCCCAUGUAUACUUUUUGUUCUGCCUUCUUUUUUUUUUUUUUUUUGGUACACGGGCCUCUCACUGCUGUGGCCUCUCCCGUUGCGGAGCACAGGCUCCGGACGCGCAGGCUCAGCGGCCAUGGCUCACAGACCCAGCCGCUCCGCGGCACGUGGGAUCCUCCCGGACCGGGGCACGAACCCGCGUCCCCUGCAUCGGCAGGCGGACCCUCAACCACUGCGCCACCAGGGAAGCCCUGUUCUGCCUUCUUAAACACUGCCCACUUACCUCUCUUCCUUUGCUCUGGAAAAUGUUAGAGUUGCCAUUCUUGAGUAUCUGUGUGGUCUCCCUGCAUGUGACCUGAUCAUGCUUUAUCCUUAAAUUAUUAUUCUUUCAAACAUGAAUGCUGAAAUCUUAGCAACUCCUACGCAAAAAAAAAAUCAACCCCACCUUUCCGACGGUGAUGACCUCCCCAGGAGAACAUGCCUCUCGCAAAGGAUCUCCUUCAUCCCUCUCCAGAAAAGAAGAGGAAACACAAGAAGAAGCACCUGGUGCAGAGCCCCAAUUCCUAUUUCAUGGAUGUGAAAUGCCCAGGAUGCUAUAAAAUCACCACCAUCUUUAGCCAUGCACAAACAGUAGUUUUGUGUGUUGGCUGCUCUACUGUCCUCUGCCAGCCUACAGGAGGAAAAGCAAGGCUUCCAGAAGGGUGCUCCUCCAGACGGAAGCAGCACUAAAAGCUGCCGGAAUCAAGAUGAAUGGGAAACCAUCCCAAAAAACGUAUUUCGGGUAAGAAAAAAACAAAACAAAACAAAAAAACUGCCCCCAACCUUCAAAACCUUAUUUAAAAUGAGACUGCACAGUUCAAUGAUUUAAACAAUGAUCAUAAAACCUUUUAUAAAGGAAUACAUCUUUAAAUGAUUUGAUUUCGGAAAUACAUACUUAUAGUUUCAGAAAACAUGGAGAUAGUUUUUUUUUAUAUGUUGAGAAGAGAAAUAUUGAAGAGUUCUUAAUCAUUAAGACAGCAUAUGGGAACAAUUAAGGCAAGAAGCACUUAUGAUGAGUCUGUUUUAUCCAAAUGUAAAUCACAUGUUUAGUCUAGCAAAAAUCAAGGUAAAUUUAUGUUUAGAGGCUAAACUGGUAGAAACUAAAAUAUUUCAAUUAUGUGCAUUAUAGAAUUUUUCAUGUAUACACAAGACUGGUAGUAAAGAUAACAUUAAAUUAUUUGCACAUUUCAGCACUUACACAAAAGCAGUGUAUGAGCUUAUAAAAGUAUCAUUACAAAUUAUUCAAUUCAGUAUAUAAUCAUGAAGCAGUGACAACAGGAUAUAGAGAAAUGACCCAAUAUUCAAAUCAUCAAGAAUACACACCACCAUCUCCCUUCUAUAGGAGAUUCCCAGACCUGCAGCACUAUCACCUUACCUACCUACUCCCACAAAUUUUAAUUCUAGCCUAUCAGAUUUUAGCUCUCCAGGCAGAGGGAGAAAGGAAAGCCUUAAACUUGUUUUGCAAGUGGUUACAAAUAGGCAGAAGAAAGUGGAUUAAACAAAACAGGCACAUUUCCACAGAAUGAGGAAUUUUCAUAGUUGACAGUGGUAGAAAGGCCACUGAUUUACUCUGAAAGUAUGAACUAAGGAUAUAUUCUGUGGCAAGGUAUACAGUGGUGAAGACAGAUGUGACCCAAGCCUUCAAGGAACUCACAAUCUAAAGGGAAAACCAUAAUUACCCAAACAGUCAUUUAUAUCUGCACCACAUGCUACCAAUGAAAAGCAUGGGGUGGGUGUGGAGGUGGUGAUUUGCUAACCACUGAGGAAAUGACAGUGAAACUGAGACCAGGUGGAUGAGCCUAAGGCAGCCAGGUGAGGGGGGAGCAGUUCUCCAAGCAUCUCUGCAGGAAGGACUGAGUAAAAGUGAGCUGGGACUAGGAGUUGGGGAUGGGAAGAAGGGAGGCACUGUUCAUGGUGGUGCUGCAGAUCGAGGGAGCAGAAGAAUUCUGGCCAUGAAGAGAAUCGCCGAUUUCCAGAGGAUGUCAGGGAGGUAGGUGUGUAACUGAGGGAAACUCAGAGAUUAGUACUCUUCCAUCGGCACAAAAGAGGGCUUUCUGCCAUCAGUUCGUGUGCGUGCUUACUGAGGGACACGCUCCGCAGAGCCAU